GGUCGGCGGCCCCCGCGAGAGCGCCGGAGGAGACGGGAAGCGCCAGGGAGCGACGGAUCGCCGGCCAGGCAAGGGACAGAAGUAUGAUGUGAUGGAUAUAAUUAUGGGACACUGUGUGGGGACACGACCUCCUUCUUCUUGCCUCAUCCUCCUGCUUCUCAAGCUCUUGGCCACUGUGUCCCAGGGGCUGCCAGGGACAGGGCCCCUGGGCUUUCACUUCACACAUUCCACUUACAAUGCUUCAGUCUAUGAGAAUUCUGCAGCAAGGACCUACGUCAAUAGCCAGAGUAGAAUGGGCAUCACCUUGAUAGACCUGUCCUGGGAUAUCAAAUACAGAAUAGUGUCCGGAGAUGAGGAAGGCUUUUUCAAAGCAGAAGAAGUCAUCAUUGCAGAUUUCUGUUUUCUCAGAAUAAGAACCAAGGGUGGGAAUUCUGCCAUUUUGAAUAGGGAAAUUCAGGACAAUUAUUUAUUGAUAAUCAAGGGUUCUGUCAGAGGAGAAGAUUUGGAAGCAUGGACCAAAGUGAACAUCCAGGUUUUAGAUAUGAACGACCUGAGGCCUCUGUUUUCACCCACGACGUAUUCUGUUACAAUAGCGGAAAGCACACCGCUAAGGACGAGUGUUGCUCAGGUGACAGCCACUGACGCUGACAUUGGUUCUAACGGAGAGUUCUACUACUACUUUAAAAACAAAGUUGAUCUCUUUUCGGUUCACCCCACAAGUGGUGUCAUCUCCUUAAGUGGACGAUUAAAUUAUGAUGAAAAGAACAGGUAUGAUCUGGAAAUUUUAGCUGUGGAUCGAGGAAUGAAACUCUAUGGGAACAAUGGAGUGAGCAGUACUGCAAAGCUUUAUGUUCACAUUGAACGUGUAAAUGAACAUGCUCCGACGAUCCAGGUAGUCACGCAUGUUCCUUUCUUGUUGGAUAAAGAGCCGACGUAUGCAGUAGUGACAGUUGAUGACCUGGACGAGGGGGCCAAUGGAGAGAUCGAAUCUGUUUCCAUCGUGGCUGGAGAUCCUUUAGAUCAGUUCUUCCUGGCUAAGGAAGGAAAGUGGAUGAAUGAGUACAAGAUCCAGGAGAGGAAACAAGUUGACUGGGCAAGCUUUUCCUAUGGUUACAACCUCACUCUUCAAGCAAAGGACAAAGGGUCACCUCAAAAGUUUUCAGCACUGACGAUAGUCCACAUUGCCAACCCUAAAAGAGACAGUGUCCCGGUUCAAUUUGAAAAAGAAGUGUAUGAGGUCAACAUAAGUGAGUUUUCCCCUCCUGGUGUUAUGGUUGCUAUAGUAAAAUUAAGUCCUGAACCUCUGGAUGUGGAAUACAAAUUAUCUCCUGGUGAAGAUGCAGACUACUUCAAAAUCAAUCCACGGACAGGUCUGAUUGUCACAGCACAGCCCCUGAAUACCAUUAAGAAGGAGCUUUAUAAGCUGGAGGUGACAAACAAAGAAGGAGAUAUAAAAGCACAAGUUACCAUUGGCAUAGAAGAUGCAAAUGACAACACCCCAGAAUUCCAACAGGGCCUAUAUGAUAUUUUUGUGAAUGAAAGUGUUCCAGUAGGAACAAGCAUUCUGUCAGUGUCCGCUUCUGAUAAGGACAAAGGAGAAAAUGGGUACAUCACUUAUAGUAUUGCCAGCCUGAAUUUGUUACCAUUUGCCAUUAACCAGUUUACGGGUGUAAUUAGCACAACUGAAGAAUUAGAUUUUGAAUCUUCUCCAGAAGUUUACAGGUUCAUCGUCAGAGCCUCUGACUGGGGUUCACCAUACCGCCACGAAAGUGAGGUAAACGUGACCAUCCGAAUAGGAAAUGUCAAUGACAACAGCCCUCUCUUUGAAAAAGUAGCUUGCCAGGGAGUUAUUUCCUAUGACUUCCCAGUCGGUGGUCACAUCACAGCUGUGUCCGCGAUCGAUAUUGAUGAACUUGAACUUGUGAAGUACAAGAUCAUUUCUGGAAAUGAACUUGGUUUCUUUUAUUUAAACCCAGACUCUGGUGUUUUACAACUUAAAAAGUCACUGAUGAGUCCCGGCAUAAAAAAUGGUAAUUUUGCCCUGAGAAUUACAGCAACUGAUGGAGAGAAUUUUGCAGACCCCAUGGCCAUUAACAUUUCAGUCCUGCAUGGGAAAGUGUCUUCAAAGAGCUUCAGCUGCAGAGAAACUCGUGUGGCUCAGAAACUGGCAGAAAAGCUACUCAUUAAGGCAAAAGCAAAUGGGAAGCUGAAUUUGGAAGAUGGAUUUCUUGACUUUUACUCAGUUAAUAGGCAAGGACCGCAUUUUGACAAGUCUUUUCCUUCCGAUAUGGCUGUGAAGGAGAAUCUACCAGUUGGUGCUAACAUCCUGAAGAUUAAAGCCUAUGAUGCUGACUCUGGCUUUAAUGGGAAGGUGCUAUUUACAAUAUCCGAUGGAAAUACUGACAGUUGCUUUAAUAUUGAUAUGGAGACUGGGCAGCUUAAAGUCCUUAUGCCCAUGGAUCGAGAGCACACAGACCUCUAUCUCCUUAAUAUUACCAUCUAUGACUUAGGUAAUCCCCAGAAAUCUUCGUGGAGACUGCUGACCAUCAAUGUAGAGGAUGCAAAUGAUAACAGCCCCAUUUUUCUUCAAGAUAGUUACUCUGUUAACAUUCUUGAAAGUUCAAGCAUUGGUACUGAGAUUAUUCAAGUGGAAGCCAGAGACAAAGACCUGGGUUCUAAUGGAGAAGUGACUUACUCAGUCUUGACAGAUACACAACAGUUCGCCAUCAACAGCUCAACUGGAGUCAUUUAUGUAGCAGACCAGUUGGACCGAGAAUCCAAAGCAAACUAUUCCUUGAAAAUAGAAGCCAGAGACAAGGCAGAAAAUGGUCAGCAGCUAUUUGCAGUGGUCACGCUUAAGGUUUUUCUGGAUGAUGUGAAUGACUGCUCCCCAGCCUUCAUCCCCAGCAGCUAUAGUGUGAAGGUUCUUGAAGACCUCCCUGUUGGCACCGUCAUUGCUUGGUUGGAAACUCAUGAUCCAGACCUCGGAUUGGGAGGUCAAGUGCGUUAUUCUUUGGUCAAUGACUAUAAUGGGAGAUUUGAAAUAGAUAAAGCAAGUGGCGCCAUCCGCUUGAGCAAAGAGCUUGACUACGAAAAGCAACAGUUUUAUAAUCUCACAGUUCGGGCUAAAGACAAAGGACGGCCUGUUUCUUUGUCAUCUGUUUCCUUUGUUGAGGUGGAAGUUGUGGAUGUCAAUGAAAACCUUCAUACCCCCUACUUUCCAGACUUUGCUGUUGUUGGAUCUGUGAAAGAAAACUCACGUAUUGGAACAAGUGUACUCCAGGUGACCGCCCGAGAUGAGGACUCCGGCAGGGACGGAGAGAUCCAGUACUCCAUCAGGGACGGCAGCGGACUGGGAAGGUUCAAUAUAGAUGACGAGAGUGGGGUCAUCACUGCUGCAGACGUUCUUGAUCGAGAAACAACAGGGUCGUACUGGCUGACAGUGUAUGCCACAGACAGGGGCGUUGUUCCACUCUAUUCCACCAUUGAAGUCUACAUUGAACUUGAAGAUGUGAAUGACAAUGCCCCGCUGACCUCGGAACCCAUUUAUUAUCCUGUUGUCAUGGAAAAUUCACCCAAGGAUGUAUCUGUCAUUCAGAUCCAAGCUGAAGACCCCGACUCCAGUUCCAAUGAAAAACUGACAUACAGGAUUACAAGUGGGAAUCCACAGAAUUUUUUUGCCAUCAAUAUCAAAACAGGUCUGAUUACCACCACCUCAAGGAAACUGGACCGAGAACAGCAGGCAGAACAUUUUCUGGAGGUCACUGUGACAGAUGGUGGCUCUUCUCCAAAACAAUCAACCAUUUGGGUAGUGGUUCAGGUUCUGGAUGAAAAUGACAACAAACCCCAGUUCCCUGAGAAGGUCUACCAGAUCAAGCUACCAGAACGAGAUCGAAAGAAGAGGGGAGAACCCAUUUACAGGGCUUUUGCAUUUGAUAGAGAUGAAGGCCCCAACGCAGAAAUCUCCUACAAUAUUGUAGAUGGGAAUGAUGAUGGAAAGUUCUUUAUUGACCCUAAAACUGGCAUGGUUUCUUCCAGAAAGCAAUUUACAGCAGGGAGUUAUGACAUCCUAACGAUAAAGGCCGUGGACAAUGGCCGCCCACAGAAAUUCUCCACGGCUCGCCUCCACAUUGAAUGGAUUAAGAAACCACCCCCUUCACCUGUCCCGCUGACCUUCGACGAGCCGUUUUAUAACUUCACAGUAAUGGAAAGCGAUAGAGUGACCGAGAUUGUGGGGGUAGUGUCAGUGCAGCCGGCCAACACCCCGCUGUGGUUUGACAUAGUCGGGGGGAAUUUUGACAGCUCUUUUGACGCAGAGAAGGGUGUUGGGACAAUUGUCAUCGCAAAACCUUUGGAUGCAGAGCAGAGGUCUGUCUAUAACAUGACUGUGGAAGUCACCGAUGGGACAAAUGUUGCUGUCACUCAGGUAUUUAUCAAAGUGCUGGACAAUAAUGAUAAUGGUCCAGAAUUCUCUCAGCCACAUUAUGAUGUGACAAUUUCUGAGGAUGUGCUUCCAGACACAGAAAUACUGCAAAUUGAAGCCACAGAUAGAGAUGAGAAGCACAAGCUGAGCUACACUGUCCACAGUAGCAUCGACUCCAUCAGCAUGAGAAAAUUCCGGAUUGACCCCACCACCGGCAUGCUCUACACUGCCGAGAGACUGGACCACGAGGCUCAGGAUAAGCACAUUCUCAACAUAAUGGUCAGAGAUCAGGAGUUUCCUUAUCGAAGAAACUUGGCCCGAGUCAUUGUGAAUGUGGAAGAUGCUAAUGAUCACAGCCCUUAUUUUACCAAUCCACUGUAUGAAGCAUCUGUGUUUGAAUCGGCUGCUUUGGGAUCAGCUGUUCUGCAAGUGACGGCUCUGGACAAAGACAAAGGGGAAAAUGCAGAACUCAUAUAUACCAUAGAAGCAGGGAAUACCGGGAACACGUUUAAGAUCGAGCCAGUCCUGGGCAUCAUCACUAUUUCCAAAGAACCAGACAUGACAACAAUGGGUCAGUUUGUCCUGUCUGUCAAAGUCACAGAUCAAGGUUCCCCACCAAUGUCUGCCACUGCAAUUGUGCGCAUUUCUGUCACCAUGUCUGAUAACUCUCACCCCAAGUUCACUCACAAAGACUACCAAGCUGAAGUAAACGAGAAUGUUGAUAUUGGAACAUCAGUCAUUCUAAUCUCUGCCAUCAGUCAAUCAACCCUCAUUUAUGAAGUCAAAGAUGGAAACAUUGAUGGAAUCUUCACCAUCAAUCCAUAUUCUGGAGUCAUCACCACUCGAAGGGCUCUGGAUUAUGAGCAUACUUCUUCUUAUCGACUCAUCAUUCAGGCCACUAACAUGGCAGGAAUGGCUUCCAAUGCCACAGUUCAUGUUCAGAUUGUUGAUGAAAAUGAUAACGCUCCAGUCUUUCUCUUUUCUCAAUACUCAGGCAGUCUAAGUGAGGCAGCCCCAAUCAAUAGCAUUGUCAGGAGCUUAGAUAACAGCCCACUGGUCAUUCGAGCCACUGAUGCUGAUAGUAACCAGAACGCACUGCUCGUGUAUCAAAUUGUGGAGUCCACAGCCAAGAAGUUUUUCACAGUGGACUCCAGCACAGGUGCAAUCAGAACAAUUGCAAACCUAGACCAUGAAACCAUUGCCCAUUUCCAUUUUCAUGUGCAUGUGAGGGACAGUGGGAGCCCCCAGCUGACUGCAGAGAGUCCUGUCGAAGUCAACAUCCAGGUGACAGAUGUGAAUGAUAACCCACCUGUUUUCACUCAAGCUGUGUUUGAGACCAUCUUACUUCUCCCUACCUACACUGGAGUGGAGGUUCUGAAAGUUAGUGCCACAGAUCCUGACUCUGAAGUGCCCCCUGAACUGACUUACAGCCUAAUGGAAGGCAGCUUGGAUCAUUUUUUAAUUGACUCAAAUAGUGGAGUACUCACCAUAAAAAACAACAACCUUUCCAAAGAUCACUACAUGCUGAUAGUGAAAGUGUCUGAUGGAAAGUUCUACAGCACAUCCAUGGUCACCAUCAUGGUUAAAGAAGCCAUGGACAGUGGCCUCCACUUUACACAAAGCUUUUACUCCACCUCAAUCUUAGAGAACAACACUAACAUAACCAAAGUUGCUAUUGUCAAUGCAGUUGGAAACCGCCUUAACGAGCCCUUAAAAUACAGCAUUUUAAACCCAGGUAAUAAAUUCAAGAUAAAAUCUACCUCAGGAGUUAUUCAGACCACUGGAGUUCCCUUUGACCGUGAAGAACAAGAACUGUAUGAGUUGGUAGUGGAGACCAGCCGUGAGCUAGACCAUCUACGUGUGGCGAGGGUGGUGGUCAGAGUUAACAUUGAAGACAUAAAUGACAAUUCUCCAGUCUUUGUGGGCCUCCCUUACUAUGCUGCUGUGCAAGUUGAUGCUGAGCCUGGGACUCUGAUAUACCGGGUGACAGCCAUUGACAGAGAUAAAGGUGCAAAUGGAGAUGUGACCUAUGUCCUUCAGGAUGAUUAUGGCCACUUUGAAAUUAACCCUAAUUCAGGGAAUGUUAUUUUAAAAGAAGCAUUCAACUCUGACUUGUCCAACAUUGAGUAUGAAGUCACUGUUGUAGCCAAAGAUGGUGGAAAACCCUCUUUGUCCACAUCUGUGGGACUUCCCAUCACCAUUGUCAACAAAGCAAUGCCAGUGUUCGAUAAGCCAUUUUACACAGCAUCCAUCAAUGAAGACAUUAGAAUGGACACUCCCAUUCUAAGCAUCAAUGCAACCAGUCCAGAAGGUCAAGGCAUCAUAUAUAUUAUUAUUGAUGGGGAUCCUUUUAAACAGUUUAACAUUGAUUUUGAUACUGGAGUCCUGAAAGUUGUUAGUCCUCUAGAUUAUGAAGUUACAUCUAUUUACAAGUUGACAGUAAGAGCCAGUGAUGCCCUCACUGGUGCUAGGGCUGAAGUCACUGUUGACUUGCUAGUUAACGAUGUAAAUGACAACCCUCCUAUUUUCGAUCGGCCCACAUACAAUACAACAUUAUCAGAAGCAUCUCUCAUUGGCACACCUGUUUUGCAAGUUGUCUCCACUGACGCAGACUCAGGAAACAAUAAAAUGGUUCAUUAUCAGAUUGUGCAGGAUACCUACAACAGCACAGACUAUUUUCACAUAGACAGCUCAAGUGGCUUAAUCCUGACAGCAAGGAUGCUGGACCAUGAGUUAGUACAACACUGCACUUUGAAAGUCAGAGCAACAGAUAAUGGUUUCCCAUCACUGAGCAGUGAGGUUCUGGUUCAUAUCCACAUUUCUGACAUAAAUGACAACCCUCCAGUUUUUAAUCAACUCAUUUAUGAGUCAUAUGUGAGUGAAUUAGCCCCCCGGGGCCAUUUUGUAACCUGUGUGCAAGCCUCAGAUGCAGACAGCUCUGACUUUGACCGGUUAGAAUAUAGCAUUUUGUCUGGGAAUGACCGGACAAGCUUUCUGAUGGACAGCAAGAGUGGAGUUAUCACCCUGUCUAACCACCGAAAACAGAGGAUGGAGCCCCUGUAUAGCCUCAAUGUCUCUGUUUCUGAUGGGUUAUUCACCAGCACUGCACAGGUACAUAUCAGGGUACUCGGGGCCAACUUGUACAGCCCCUCCUUUUCGCAAAGCACAUAUGUGGCUGAGGUGAGAGAGAAUGCAGCUGCUGGUACAAAGGUAAUUCAUAUUCGAGCCACAGAUGGGGACCCAGGCACAUAUGGGCAGAUCAGCUAUGCCAUCAUUAAUGAUUUUGCCAAGGACCGAUUUCUCAUAGAUAGCAAUGGACAAGUCAUCACAACCGAACGGCUAGACCGGGAAAACCCUCUGGAAGGAGAUGUUAGUAUUUUCUUGAGGGCCCUCGACGGUGGAGGAAGGACAACUUUCUGCACUGUGAGGGUGAUUGUUGUGGAUGAAAAUGACAACGCACCCCAGUUCAUGACAGUAGAAUACAGAGCCAGUGUAAGGGCAGAUGUGGGAAGGGGCCACUUAGUCACUCAAGUUCAAGCAAUGGAUCCAGAUGAUGGAGCAAACUCAAGGAUUACUUAUUCCCUCUACAGUGAGGCCUCUGUCUCAGUGGCUGACCUCUUGGAAAUUGAUCCUGACAAUGGAUGGAUGGUCACAAAGGGUAGUUUUAACCAGCUGAAAAAUACAGUGCUGUCAUUCUUUGUCAAAGCAGUCGAUGGGGGCAUUCCAGUAAAGCACUCCCUCAUUCCAGUCUAUAUCCACGUCUUGCCCCCCGAAACAUUUUUACCUUCAUUCACCCAGUCUCAGUACGCCUUUACCAUAGCAGAAGAUGCAGCCAUUGGGAGCACAGUGGACACCCUGCGCAUUUUACCCAGUCAGAAUGUCCGGUUCAGCACAGUGAAUGGCGAACUGCCAGAGAAUAACAAAGGGGGUGUUUUUAUCAUAGAACAGGAAACAGGCACUAUCAAACUUGACAAGCGCCUUGACCAUGAAAUUAGCCCAGCUUUCCACUUUAAAGUAGCAGCUACUAUCCCCCUGGACAAGGUAGACAUUGUGUUUACCGUGGAUGUAGAUAUCAAGGUAUUGGAUUUGAAUGACAACAAGCCAGUCUUUGAAACUUCAAGCUACGAGACCAUCAUAAUGGAGGGGAUGCCUGUUGGCACCAAGCUCACACAGGUGAGAGCUACCGAUAUGGACUGGGGAGCCAACGGGCAGGUCACUUACUCCCUCCACUCAGAUUCCCAUCCUGAAAAGGUAAUGGAAGCAUUCAAUAUUGACAGCAACACAGGCUGGAUCACUACCUUGAAGGACCUGGAUCACGAGACAGACCCUGCUUUCUCCUUCUCUGUGGUGGCCUCUGACCUAGGAGAGGCAUUCUCUCUUUCUUCCAUGGCUCUGGUCUCUGUCAGGGUGACGGAUAUAAAUGACAAUGCACCGGUGUUCGCCCACGAGGUGUACCGAGGGAAUGUGAAGGAGAGUGACCCUCCAGGAGAGGUGGUGGCUGUGCUCAGCACAUGGGACAGAGACACUUCUGACAUUAAUCGCCAAGUGAGCUACCAUAUUACAGGAGGAAACCCCAGAGGAAGGUUUGCUCUAGGCCUGGUGCAGAGUGACUGGAAGGUCUAUGUGAAGAGACCUCUAGAUAGAGAAGAACAGGACAUUUACUUCCUCAAUAUUACCGCCACGGACGGGCUCUUUGUCACACAGGCCAUGGUGGAAGUGACAGUCAGUGACGUAAAUGACAAUAGCCCAGUGUGUGAUCAGGUUGCAUAUACAGCAUCAUUUCCUGAAGACAUUCCAUCUAAUAAAAUCAUCCUGAAGGUCAGUGCCAAGGAUGCUGACAUUGGAUCCAGUGGAGACGUCCGGUACUCGCUCUAUGGAUCUGGAAGCAAUGAAUUUUUCCUAGAUCCAGAAAGUGGUGAAUUAAGAACUUUAGCUCUAUUGGACAGAGAGAGGAUCCCAGUGUACAACCUGAUCGCUAGGGCCACUGAUGGCGGUGGCAGAUUUUGCCAGUCCAAUAUCCGCCUGAUCCUGGAGGAUGUGAAUGAUAACCCGCCUGUGUUCUCUUCUGACCAUUACAACGCCUGUGUCUAUGAGAACACUGCCACCAAGGCUCUGUUGACCAGAGUACAAGCCGUGGACCCUGAUGUUGGCGUCAACAGGAAGGUGCUGUACUCUCUGGCGUUCUCAGCCAAUGGCUUCUUCUCCAUCGACAGCACGUCUGGUAUCAUCAUCUUGGAGCAGCCACUGGACCGAGAACAGCAGUCUUCCUACAACAUCAGUGUGCGAGCCACCGACCAGAGUCCGGGACAGUCCCUUUCCUCUACUGCCACUGUCACUAUUACUGUCCUGGACAUCAACGACAACCCACCUGUGUUUGAGAGGAGGGACUACCUGGUGACAGUGCCUGAGGACACCUCUCCCGGCACCCAAGUUCUAGCUGUUUUUGCCACCAGCAAAGACAUUGGUACAAAUGCUGAGAUUACAUAUCUUAUCCGGUCUGGAAAUGAACAGGGAAAAUUUAGGAUCAAUCCAAAGACAGGGGGUAUUUCUGUCUCUGAAGCCCUAGACUACGAAUUAUGCAAAAGAUUUUACCUGGUUGUGGAAGCUAAAGACGGGGGAACCCCAGCUCUCAGUGCUGCAGCCACUGUCAGCAUCAACCUCACAGAUGUGAAUGACAACCCUCCCAAGUUCAGCCAAGAUGUCUACAGUGCUGUCAUCAGUGAGGAUGCCAUGGUGGGGGACUCUGUCAUUUUGCUAAUCGCAGAAGAUGUAGACAGCCAGCCUAAUGGACAGAUCCACUUUUCCAUUGUGAGUGGAGACCGAGACAAUGAGUUCACUGUGGAUCCUGUCUUGGGACUUGUGAAGGUUAAGAAGAAAUUGGACCGGGAACGGGUGUCUGGAUACUCCCUAAUUGUCCAGGCAGUAGAUGGUGGAAUUCCUGCAAUGUCGUCAACUGCAACUGUCAACAUUGAUAUUUCUGAUGUGAAUGACAACAGCCCAGUAUUUACACCUGCCAACUAUACUGCUGUGAUUCAGGAAAAUAAGCCAGUGGGGACCAGCAUCUUGCAGCUGGUGGUGACAGACAGAGAUUCCUUCCACAAUGGGCCUCCCUUCUCAUUUUCUAUUUUGUCGGGAAACGAAGAGGAGGAGUUUGUGUUGGAUCCUCAUGGGAUCCUUCGGUCAGCAGUGGUUUUCCAGCACACGGAUUCUCCAGAAUAUGUGCUGUGUGUUCAGGCAAAGGAUUCAGGCAAACCGCAGCAAGUUUCUCAUUCCUAUGUCCGCGUGAGGGUCAUUGAGGAAAGUAUUCACAAGCCCACAGCCAUUCCCCUGGAAAUCUUCAUUGUCACCAUGGAGGAUGACUUUCCGGGUGGGGUUAUUGGAAAAAUCCAUGCCACAGAUCAAGAUAUGUAUGAUGUGCUUACAUUUGCCCUGAAAUCAGAGCAGAAAAGCUUGUUCAAAGUGAACAGUCAUGAUGGGAAAAUCAUUGCCCUGGGAGGCCUGGACAGUGGCAAGUAUGUCCUGAAUGUGUCUGUAAGUGACGGCCGCUUCCAGGUGCCCAUCGAUGUGGGCGUGCAUGUGGAGCAGCUGGUCCAUGAGAUGCUGCAGAACACCGUCACCAUCCGCUUUGAGAACGUGUCCCCCGAGGAUUUUGUGGGUCUGCACAUGCACGGGUUCCGGCGCACCUUGCGGAAUGCAGUCCUCACCCAGAAGCAGGACAGCCUGCAUAUCAUCAGCAUCCAGCCCGUGGCAGGCACCAACCAGCUGGACAUGCUGUUUGCUGUGGAGAUGCACAACAGUCAGUUCUACAAGCCAGCCUACCUGAUCCAGAAGCUGUCCAGCGCCAGGCGGCACCUGGAGAACGUCAUUCGCAUCUCAGCCAUCCUGGAGAAGAACUGCUCUGGGCUGGACUGUCAGGAGCAACACUGCGAGCAAACCUUGUCAUUGGAUUCCCAUGCACUCAUGACCUACAGCACAGCUCGCAUCAGUUUUGUGUGUCCACGCUUUUACAGGAAUGUGCGUUGCACCUGUAAUGGAGGACUGUGCCCAGGAUCCAAUGAUCCUUGUGUGGAGAAGCCAUGCCCAGGGGAUAUGCAAUGUGUUGGCUACGAAGCUAGCAGGAGACCGUUUCUCUGCCAGUGUCCACCAGGGAAGCUCGGAGAGUGUUCAGGACACACUUCUCUUAGCUUUGCUGGAAACAGUUAUAUCAAAUAUCGUCUUUCUGAAAAUAGCAAAGAGGAAGACUUCAAACUAGCUCUACGCCUGAGAACACUGCAAAGCAACGGGAUUAUAAUGUACACCAGAGCAAAUCCCUGCAUCAUUCUGAAGAUUGUGGACGGCAAGCUGUGGUUCCAGCUGGACUGCGGUAGCGGCCCCGGGAUCUUGGGCAUCUCCGGCCGUACGGUCAACGAUGGGAGCUGGCACUCGGUCUUCCUGGAGCUCAAUCGCAAUUUCACGAGCCUGUCCCUGGACGACAGCUACGUGGAGCGGCGCAGGGCGCCUCUCUACUUCCAGACGCUGAGCGCCGAGAGCGCCAUCUACUUCGGCGCGCUGGUGCAGGCGGACAACAUCCGCAGCCUGACCGACACGCGGGUCACCCAGGUGCUCGGCGGCUUCCAGGGCUGCCUGGACGCCGUGGUGCUGAACAACAACGAGCUGCCGCUGCAGAACAAACGCAGCAGCUUCGCCGAGGUCGUGGGGCUGACUGAGCUGAAGCUGGGCUGCGUGCUCUACCCCGACGCGUGCGAGCGCGGGCCCUGCCAGCACGGAGGCAGCUGCUCGGCCCUGCCGUCCGGGGGCUACCAGUGCACCUGUCUCUCCCAAUUCACGGGGAGAAACUGUGAGUCUGAGAUCACUGCCUGCUUCCCAAACCCCUGCCGGAAUGGAGGAGCUUGUGACCCGAUAGGAAACACUUUCAUCUGCAGUUGUAAAGCCGGACUCACUGGAGUCACGUGUGAGGAGGACGUCAACGAGUGCGAACGAGAGGAGUGUGAAAACGGGGGCGCCUGCGUGAACGUGUUCGGCUCCUUUCUGUGCAACUGCACGCCCGGCUUCGUGGGCCAGUACUGCGGGCUGCGCCCCGUGGUGGUGCCCAACAUCCAGGCGGGCCAUUCCUACGUGGGCAAGGAGGAGCUCAUCGGGAUCGCCGUGGUCCUCUUCGUCAUCUUCAUCCUGAUCGUGCUCUUCAUCGUCUUCCGCAAGAAGGUCUUCCGCAAGAACUACUCCCGCAACAACAUCACGCUGGUGCAGGACCCCGCCACGGCCGCGCUGCUGCACAAGAGCAACGGCAUCCCCUUCCGCAGCCUGCGCGGGGGCGACGGGCGCAACGUCUACCAGGAGGUGGGGCCCCCGCAGGUGCCCGUGCGCCCCAUGGCCUACACCCCCUGCUUCCAGAGCGACUCCAGGAGCAACCUGGACAAACUCGUGGACGGGCUGGGCGGCGAGCACCAGGAGAUGAGCACGUUCCACCCCGAGUCCCCGCGCAUCCUGACGGCCCGGCGGGGCGUGGUGGUGUGCAGCGUGGCCCCCAACCUCCCGGCCGUGUCGCCCUGCCGCUCGGAUUGCGACUCCCUCCGGAAGGACGGCUGGGACGCUGGCUCCGAGAACAAAGGGGUUGAUGACCCAGGAGAAGUAACCUGUUUUUCAGGCAGUAAUAAAGGCAGCACCUCUGAAGUUCAGUCCCUCAGCUCCUUCCAGUCAGAUUCUGCUGAUGACAACGCCUCCAUAGUGACUGUCAUUCAGCUUGUCAACAAUGUAGUUGACAACAUAGAGAAUGAAGUGUCUGUCAUGGACCAAGGACAAAACUACAACCGAGCCUACCACUGGGACACCUCUGACUGGAUGCCAGGGGCACGCCUGUCAGACAUAGAGGAAGUGCCCAGCUACGAGAACCAGGAUGGAGGACCUGCACACCAGGGCAGCACCCGGGAGCUGGAGAGCGACUACUACCUGGGGGGCUAUGACAUUGACAGCGAAUACCCACCCCCUCAUGAGGAAGAGUUCUUGAGUCAGGACCAGCUGCCCCCUCCCCUGCCUGAAGACUUCCCAGACCAGUAUGAGGCCCUGCCACCCUCCCAGCCUGUCUCCCUGGCCAGCACACUGAGCCCAGACUGCAGGAGAAGGCCCCAGUUCCACCCUAGCCAGUACCUCCCUCCUCACCCCUUCCCCAAUGAAAUGGAUUUGGUGGGCCCUCCUGCCGGCUGUGAAUUUAGUACUUUUGCUGUGAGCAUGAGCCAAGGCACAGAGGCUACAGGCCCAGCAGACAGCGUGUCUCUAUCCUUGCACAAUUCCAGAGGCACCUCGUCCUCAGAUGUGUCGGCCACCUGUGGCUUCGAUGAUUCCGAAGUGGCCAUGAGUGACUAUGAGAGUGUGGGUGAGCCCAGCCUCACCAACCUUCACAUACCCUUUGUGGAGACUCAGCACCAGACCCAAGUGUAGAGGCCAUGCCACGGGCUCCACGCCCUGUUGCCAUGGAAAAAGUGGAAGGGGAUCGGCUGGGCUUGUGUUGCAGUGGAGGACAUUCUGUGGAAAUAUGGUAUUUUCCUCAAGGAACUUCCUCGCAAGUUACAGUAUUCACAAGCAAGCUUGACCCAGUUGGGUGAAAAGGAGAGGCUCAAAAAUUGUUUCUGAGAGGGGGCCAAGAACUCUUGCAGUAGGUACCUGCAUUCAUGGCGAAGAACGCCAAGGAGAGCAGGAAAUGAGCUCACUCACCACUUCAAACAGCAGAUCUCGUACAGCUUUGUGCAGUAUUGUGCCCUAGAAAGUGUGACAGCAUCAGCCCUUGCAGUAUUAAUAACUGGCAACAAUCAGAGAAAUAUUGUUGCAUGUCAUUUUGAGCCAAUGAAAUGAAAAUAAUAAAUGGAAAUAGUAGUAAUGGUUGUUGAAGAAGUUAGUAUCUUAGAUGAACAAAAAGAGAAACAAAUAUCCAAUGAGGAAAUGGGCUAAAGCCUUUAAAAUCAACUCUAUUUUUUUAAUAAGCCACCCAAUUUUCAGCUAAAAAAUUAGGUUUGAGUAACAUGUUUAGUAUGCUGUUUUUUUGCUUGUGUUAAGCAUCCAGUAUGAUAUAGUUGGGUUUUAUGAUCUUUGAGAACGUAAUCAGUGAAGAGCAAUAUGAAGCUAUCUGGGUUCCAACUUGUGGAUUAGGAGAAGAUUAAUGCCAGUCAAACAUUAGAAAGAAUGUGAUUAUCUGGUUUCGUGUUUUCUGGUCAAUUUUUCCAGGCAUCACUAUUAUUCUAUCUUGGCUACACAAAUUGGCCUCUCUUCUUCUACUGUUCUCUAAAAUGUGAUUUAGAAGGUUAAGCAAAAUUCAUAAAUUCAGGACAAAAAGAAAAUGUGAUACUUUCAAAAUUUCAAGCUGAAUAAUCACAAUUCUUAAUAAUGCAGAUAAAAAGGUACAUGUUAUUCUAAAUUCGUAGUAUCAUCAUUAUAAAAUAAUUACAUUUUUAAAAAAGGAAGGUAGACUAGUUAUUGUAUAUAAAUGAUAAGUGUGUGCGUGUCUGGGCCUAUUACAAAUAUGUGCUUGCACUCGAUGCCCAGUGAGGCUGCUCUUAAGGAAAGAAAGCAUGAGGUUCCAGGAAAGGGCCUGUGCUGCAAGCCCUGCCAGCGCACACGCGCACCGUCCAGCUUCUCCAAUCUCAGUGAUGUUAGAGAAACACCAAAUGCCCUAUUUUACUUCAAUUCAGUCAACUUAAUUUUGGUACUGCCAUUUGUAUAAAGUUAAAGCAAAACUGUGCUUUUUAAAAACAGUAUUUUAUAAUUUUCCAGAACAAACCUCAAUUUUAAAAAUGUGUAAUAUUUAAUUAUACCCUGGGGUUUUCCUCCCGUCUGACCUGUGAGCGUUCUCUGUGACUUUCCAAAACUGACAGGAGAAUUAUUCCACUGGAGAUACAAUAACCUGAUACUUAAAAGUUAAAGUCAACAACUUGAGUGACUUUCUUCUUUUGCUUCAAUCAGAUUAUGGCCACCCAUGCAGUGACCGUGGUAAAUACAUUGCAUAUUUGCAAUAUCUGCUGAAUGAGCAAAUCUCUAUGUUCAAAGUUUCUGAUAAUAUCUGGCAUUGGUGUGUAAAUUGUACUGUCAUGAGUCUACAUAUCAUCCACUCAGACGUACUCUUCAUUUUUUCAGUCAUGUUUAAUCCACUUACUUCACGGUAGGAGUUAGUGUUUCUGAACAUUUGUCAUUUUAAAAAUUAUCUCUUUUCAUUCCCAAACUUCCUAAGUGGAUACACUUCACAGGGUUUUCAGCCUUUCUUUUCCUUGUCUGUUGGUCAGACCUACUCAUGGAGGCAUUAUCCACACUGUGGUCUUGAAUUAAAUGAAUUUCACUAAAGCUGCUUUCGAGAAUAAAGUCUUUGGCAUUUUUCUUAUGUAAGAAGCACAUUUUCAAGAAUUACAGAGAAAAUGACAAACUAAUGGGUUAGAAUUGAAUCACUGCUACAUUUUUAAUAAUUCAGUGACAUAAAAACCAUCAAAGUAAAACCAACAAUUCAUUUCUUGCCUCCAGGAAAUAUUAGAAGGAGAUUAAUGCUGAUGAGUCACUACUGCUUACACAGCAUCUCUUCAAGGGAGAAUGCCUGGCUGACACAGUAAUGAAGGCAUAAAUAGAUCCUAAUGAAGUCACCAAAGAAAAUGGUGCCUGCCAUUUGCUCUGACCUAUGUAAAAUAUCACUUUCUUCAAGAUAUUUUCCCUACUUUUUUGCAGAAUACUUCUGCAAUUAAAUAUAUUCCAGAUGAGCAUAUGUUAUGUUUUGAUCCAUUAUCUUUAAACACAUGAUACCUCUUCAUCUUCUGGGAAAUUACAUUGCCCUGUAGAUUACAAAAUGGGUUGCAGUCAAGCCAUAGUGGAACUAGGUGCGGUGACCACUGAUUCAAAGAACUGAUAGGGUCCUAAAGAUUUGCAGGUCCAACACUCAUAUUUCAUAAAAGAGGAAAUAUACCAAGACAGAGGAAGAGACUUGCCCAGGCUCACAGUGGAAGUUAAAUAUCUGAACAAUGACUAGAAACAUCCAUUUGGACAAUGUUCUCUGUACAUAACAUUGUUCACCACGAAACUGCACUGAGCAUGGCAACCAAUUGCUUCCGAUGGACCCUCUGAUCUCCCAACAUUCCUUUUUUGUAAUGCAAGGAAAUAUGUACGCUCCAUGAAUAUAGACUAUUUCUCUGGAAUCUUCAUAAUCUUGUUUCUUUGCAGUACCCUACUCUCAGAAAUGGUAUGCUUAAAGAAUUCAUACAUUUCUUUCGGUGCUCAUCAAAAUUCUACUUUUCCUAAAUUAAUGUUUCUAAAAUUGGCAUGAAGUGGUAAGUACAGAAUUGAAUUUAGGUCAGUCAUCAAUUAUAGAGCAUUUUUGUUUUUGUUUUUAUUUUUCUUACCACUAGCACUGCUUGUUGUUUGUUCCUACCCCCUCCACCAUGAUGAACCACAUGGAAAAUACUUAAGCCACUCAGUAUCUUUCCCUUUUUUCUGACACCUAUGUGCCAUCUCCUGGAAGCCAUGUUCCACUACCCUGUUGUAGGCACUUUACUUGAAUUGCACAUGUUCUGGUCAGGUUGAGAGUAGCCGAGCUGUUGACAUUAGUCAUGCAGCACCUAGAAGCUAUGAGGCAAUAAACAUUGAAUAAAGUAGGUGCUUCAUUUAUUGCCAUUCCUCUACAAGUAUUUUGCUGCUGAGUCCCAUUCAUGUCUUGCUCUCAGUGUCCCCACUCAUGAAACGCCAUACGAAAAGACUUAGUAAUGUAAAUAGGUCAAGCCCAUGCAUCUGAGGUUUGCCCUAUCAUUCUAAUCAACCAGAGCCCUAGAAUGCGGAUUUACUCUGGGAUUCACCUGGGACCUCCCUUGGAAAUCACUAGCACAGCCUGGAAAAAGGACAAGUAGGAUAUAGAUUCCAUUGGCCUUCUGCCUCUUUCCAUCCUCAUCCUACCCAUUACCCUCACUAAUGCUGUGUCUCCAUAUCAAAGUCAAGGGGGCUGAGGAGAGAGAUGAUCAAGAUAAAUCAUUUUAAGACCAAAAUAACAUUUUUUAAUAGAAUGAUUCAGAAAAACCUAGUGUUCAUGUUGCAUGGAUUGUUCAGGUAAUUUUCUGGCCUCUUCAGUCUGCUGCCCUGUCAGUACACAGAUACUGCUAACAUGGUUUGGCUUUGAUGUUUUCACUUGCUUCAAGCCAUGGGAAAAGCAGAUGUGAAGAGGCAUUUCUCUAGUGUAAUCAUUUUGUGUGGUCCAUGAAGAUGCUUAUGUGUUUUUGCUGGUUUGUGUCCUGCAAUGUUCAACUGCACAUUAUUCUGAUGAAUACCCUCAGUGUCUUCGAGCUUCUGAUUACAUAAUACCGAGGUCAAAGUCACUAUAUGUGGGGUUGGUAUCAGUUAAUAUUUAGCCAGCUGGCUAAGAUGGGAAAAGAAUAAGGUAUUUCUUUCCUUACAUAUUAAUGAAAAGCAAUAAUUACAUGUAAUAAUACACAAAGGCCAUAAUUAGUCUCUUCCAAUGUUUAGGAUGCACUAGAGAAUUGGACAGUGAUAUGGAGUGUGUUUGGACCCAUUCGUAUGUACUAUAGCACCCUUCCAACAAGCAAACACCUGAAUUGCUACUAUCCAACGAUUUUAUGAGCCCACAUUACUGCAUUUUGGGAGUGACAAAUGUGUUUGGAAAGGGAGGCCGUUCUUUUUAAGCACUGUAUCAGAGAUUGUCUUGUACAUUUACCUGUUGUAAACAGGCUGGUUUGUAAAAGAUGUAUGUUUUGGUGUUUAAAAUGUUUAUAAAAUUGUAUAUAAAUGGUUUCAAUUUUCCAGGCUUUUGUAGAUACUAUAUUUGAUGCCUAUCAGGAUGCUUUAAUUUGGAGGGUCCAAUAUAAUUCCAAGUCAUCCAUGCUGUUGUUCUCUGAACUUUUGCGGUAACUACACACACAAAACAGAGAAUUUUAGAUUUGAAAGUGAUGUUUGUUAAUCAUUUCAAAAUGUACUGUAACCUUUCUUUGGUUCUACUGUCUUCAUUUAACUUCCUCUGUUAUCAAGAAAAUGAUUUCUAUUGACAUUAUUUAGGAUGAAUGUGUUUUCCGCAUUAUUAAGUACCUGACUAUUGUACCAUUUCAGUCAAAAUGAGGCCCAUCAUUUCUUCACCUGCAUGCGCACUCACCCAAAUGUGCACACACCACACACCACACCUUAUGCAAAAGGGAAAGCUGACACUUGAAGUGAAACUUGUCCCUAAGGGAAAAAGAUUGUUUCUGCAUAUAUUGCUGUGGGCAGUAUUCAGUCUUGUGUUCUUAAAAAAAAAAAAAAUUCAAAGCAAAACAAAACAAAAACACCACACACACAAAAGAAGGAAAACAAACUAACCACCACCAACAACAAAAACCCCAACAGUGUACAGGUUUGUAACUGCCAAAAUUUGAUGGUUAAAACAAGUUUUCGAGUAAAAAAAGAAUGAAACUA